UCUCGCCUGCCUCUGUCUGUCCAUCAUCGGUCGGUCGCUGGGUGGGCGGUUGUCGGGCCCGGUCCGGGCUGGGAUCGCCGUCCUUCCUCCUUCUCUCCGCCUUUCCCUCUUCCCCUCCUUCUCUCCGCCCUCCAUGGCCGGCUGCGGGCCUCCGGGCGGCGCGGGGAGCAGCGGCGCUGGGCCCCCGGGGCGCCGGGCUUAGUGCGGCGCGGAGGGUCCGCGGCCGCCAUGGCGGAGGCGGCGGGCUCGGGGGGCGGCUCGGGGGCCUCGGGGGCGGAGAAGUUCUUGUCUCCGGACGAGGCUUUCCCGGCGCUGGGCCCCCCGCGCGGAGCGGGCAGCCUGAGCGAGGAGCCGGGCUGCCUGGACGUCAGCGACUUCGGCUGCCAGCUGUCGUCCUGCCACCGCACCGACCCCCUCCACCGCUUCCACACCAACAGGUGGAACUUAACUUCGUGUGGAACCAGCGUAGCCAGCUCAGAAUGCAGUGAGGAGCUGUUUUCAUCGGUGUCUGUCGGAGAUCAGGAUGAUUGCUAUUCCUUGUUGGAUGAUCAGGAGUUCACAUCUUUCGACUUAUUCCCAGAAGGAAGUGUUUGCAGUGAUGUCUCUUCUUCUAUUAGCACUUACUGGGACUGGUCAGAUAGUGAAUUUGAAUGGCAGUUGCCUGGCAGUGACAUUGCAAGUGGAAGCGAUGUUCUUUCUGAUGUGAUACCUAGUAUUCCCAAUUCCCCUUGCCUGCUUCCAAAAAAAAAGAACAAACACAGAAAUUUAGAUGAGCUUCCUUGGAGUGCAAUGACAAAUGAUGAACAGGUUGAAUAUAUUGAAUACCUGAGUCGGAAAGUCAGUACCGAGAUGGGUCUUCGGGAGCAGCUUGAUAUUAUUAAAAUUAUUGAUCCCACUGCUCAGAUAUCCCCUACGGACAGUGAGUUUAUUAUCGAGCUUAACUGUCUUACAGAUGAAAAACUGAAACAGGUGAGAAACUAUAUAAAGGAGCACGGGCCUCGCCAGCGUUCUGCCAGGGAGAACUGGAAGAGAAGCAGCCACAGCUGUGCCAGCACAAGUGGAGUGAGUGGUGCCAGUGCCAGCAGCAGCAGUGCCAGCAUGGUCAGCUCAGCAAGCAGUAGUGGGUCCAGCGUUGGCAACUCCGCUUCCAACUCCAGCGCCAACAUGAGUCGAGCACACAGUGAUAGCAACUUGUCUGCAAGCGCUGCCGAGAGGAUUCGUGAUUCAAAAAAGCGGUCCAAACAACGAAAACUGCAACAAAAGGCUUUACGCAAGAGGCAACUGAAAGAGCAGAGACAAGCUCGUAAAGAAAGACUAAGUGGGCUUUUCCUUAAUGAAGAAGUGCUCUCCUUAAAAGUGACUGAGGAAGACCAUGAAGGAGAUGUAGAUGUUUUAAUGUGACAAGGGUGAAUUUGUCAGUGUUCUUUCUAAGCCUUAAAAUAUAGAUUCUCAUCCUUAUUGUUUACAUUAGCUUCUCGUCCAAGAUUUUAAUUAGGGCCCUGCUGAUAUAAAAUUUUCAUUCAUAAUCCAGGAAGAUUUUGGGUUUUUUGAACUUAAAUAAAACUAUUACUAUUAUAAAAUCCACUUUAUAAAAAGUCUAAUGCAUUUUUGAUUUAGAAGACUUCCCAGAAAUGCUAUCAGAUAAGUCUGUUGAUCAAAACAUAGCUCAGCUCUAUUCUUAAAGUUCCACUUAUUUUAUUCGCAGUAGCACUGUCUGUGGUCUUUUAAACAAACACAAUUUUCACAGUUGCUCUCCUUAGUGGAAAAGAUAUUAUUAAAAAUGGCAUUUUCAGAUAACGCUGCUUUGACAUAAUACACUUAAGUACAUCAAUCCUCUUAUCCUAUUAUUUUAAGACAUAGGAAACUAGUACUCACAUUUAUAAGAGUUUCAGUUUUGUUUUUUGGGUGUUUUUUUUUAAUGUGAAAUCCUAAUCCUGUUCUUAAUAUAGUGACUGAGGAAAUGAC